UGAAUUAAUACAUUUUUGUCCUUCAAUUUUUUAAUUUUCACUACUUACUUAAUAAUAUCAUGAGUGAGUGUAGCGGCGUAUAAGUUUAGUAUACAGUACGCUGUGCGUUAUUGUAAAAAAAAAGUGUCUGUAAUUUUCUUAUAUUGCGCCUAAAGUCGUACAUAGCAGACAAAAAGUCGCCAUCGUAUUACGAAGCUGCAGUGUGCAAGAAGAGAAACCAUCUGCGAGACCAGCUAGCUGUCCACCACACCUAAAAUUAUGGUGCACACAAGAAAUUCGUCUUGAUUGAAGAUUAACUAUAGCAACUCGUUGUGAUAAUUAAGAAGAGAGAAGGUGGAUAACAAACAAGAAAAGAAUAAUAUGUGCGUGACGUGUUAGACAAGGAUAAAAUCACAUCACACACGCAAUCACGCAUCGUAUUAGCUGCGAGGCGGUGCAAGCCUGGUCGUCUGCCCCCCCUAAAAACUCAACCCCUCGUCCACACACACACACUCUGCUUAGCCAUGGCUAAAGUUCCUUGAUCCGUGCUAACGAAAGCAGAUUAAGUAUUAUUUUCAGGUGGACAUUUUCAGUUGGAUACCGUCAAAGUGUGUAUCUAGCAAAAUGUCGUACCCUGGACAGACCCCGUUGAUUCCCCGUGAGAUUCCCCGUGAGAUUCCAAGUAUGCCGCUCAUGCCAUAUAUGAUGGGUGCUCCACCACCCAUGUUGGGAGGCAUGAUGCCAAUGCCUCAUUUUCCUCAUGUAUUUGAAAACAUGGUACCCACACCAGUAUCGGCAAUGCAAACUUCUGCACCAGCUGUUAGAUACAACAACCAGAAACCCCCACCACAGCCACAACUACCACCCCAACCACCAAAGACAGAACCACCAAAGCCUGUAGUGAAGAGAGAAAGAGAGACAGGUCCACCAGUCACUGUUUUUGUUGGUAAUAUUAUGGAUCGUGCUCCUGAUAAUAUGAUCAGGCAAAUACUUGGUGCUUGUGGUCAUGUUAUGAAUUGGAAAAGAGUGCAAGCUUUUGGAUUUUGUGAAUAUGCUGGCCCAGAUGCAGGCUUGCGAGCUAUCCGAAUAUUGCAUGACAUGGAAAUUGGGAAUAAAAAACUAGUAGUCAAAGUUGAUGCAAAAACAAAAGUUAUAUUGGAUCAGUUCAAAGCUGAAAAAAGAAAAAAACUGAAAGGAGGAUCAUCUCCUUUGCAAGAUGAGACACAAAGUGAGCCUGCUGAGUCUGAUGAUAAUGAUGAUUACAUGGAUGAUACAAUGAAAGCCAUAGAUAAUGAAGCAGUCACGCGAAUCCAGCUAAUCAUAAGUGAACACCUAACUGGCCUAGAAACAAUUACGAACAAUGCAGAUGAGCCUGUAAAAACAGUGGUGAUGCCUAAAAUGCUGAACUUGGAUGACGCCGAGAUCGAAGAAAGUAAGCGUGACCUUAUCACUCGGGAAAUCGGAAAGUUUCGAGAAGUAAUGAAGAAACAAGAAGAGGAGAAGGCCCAGGUGAAAAAGAAGCGAGAGAAAGAAGAGGAGGAGCGCGAAAAGCGAGAAAAAGAACGCAGAGAUCGCAACAAGGACGAUGAUGCCAAACACGAUGAUGCAGACGGUGAAAUUUCCAGUCCGCAUCGAAGUAGAGGUGACAGCACCGACAGCAGUCGCAGGCACAGGCGCCGAAGCAAGUCAAGAUCUAGAGAAAGAGAUCGAGACAGGGAUCGUAGGGAGAGGAGCGAGCGAGGCGAGUCGCGACACCGGGAUCGAGAUCGGGAUCGGGAUCGAGAGCGUGAGCGGGAGCGCGAUCGAGCCGAGCGGGAGCGCAGCGAGCGUGAAAAGGAGCGAGAACGAGAGCGCGAAAGAGAACGCGAACGAGAACGUGAACGGGACAGAGAGCGAGAUCGAGAACGAGAGAUUCGUGAGCGCGAACGUGAAAGAGAGCGGGAACGGGAGCGCGAAGAAGCACGCAAAUCUGACCGCGAGGUCUUGCGCGAGCUCGAGGAGGAGGAGGAAUCCAAGGAGAGAAAGAAGAACGAGAGGCGGGCCCGCGAAAAGGAUGCUGCCUACCAGGAACGGCUAAGAGCUUGGGAAGCUCGCGAGCGACGCAAGCAAAAGGAAUACGAAAAGGAGAAUGACAAGAAACGAGCGAAGCGCGAGGCCAAGGAGCGUGAAGCCAAGAGACUCAAGGAGUUCCUCGAGGAUUAUGACGAUGAGCGUGACGAUGCCAAGUUUUACAAGGGCAAGGAGCUUGCGCGUAGACUCGAGGAACGAGCCGUCGAGGCCGAAGCUGACUCUAGAGACCGGUGUGCCGAACGCCAGGAGCUCCAGAGACUCAGAGAGAAGCUUUACGCUGAUUCGAGUUAUGCCGAUCCCGCUGCUGAAUUUGAAAGGCUAAAGGCGGAGCGAGAAGAACAAUACAAACCAAAACCGGUGAUAACGAUCAUCGACGAGGAAGACGAUAAACCAGUGUCGCGGCACAAGGAAAAGAUCGUGCAGGAGAUGCCGCCGAUCGAAACCGAGCCAAUUGACAGUGAUAGCGACGAUGGGGUGCACUACGAUAAUGGAGUUGUGGCGGCGCCACCGCCACCGCCUUUGGAGAUCUCCCGGACGCCGCCACGGCCCCAUCAUCACCAUCAUCGUAGACAUCACCGGCACCAUCACCGCGAGCCUGUAGAAGAGCUGGCACCGGAUAAUAUUCAGCACAUCGAUCUUGAGCGUGAGAGUCUCGUAAAGGAAAAAAUAAGGAAUGUCUCGCCGCCGAUGAUCAGAUCGACCACACCUCCGCCAGCGCCUCACAUGCAGCAACACCACAUCCAACCUUUGCACCACGAUGAGGACUCGAGAACCUCGCUCGUUAGUGAGCCCGACAAAGUUAGUGGUAGCAACUUUGUGCCAUUUGCUAUGGCUCUCGGUAGCUCGAGAGAUCAUGCGGUUGGUAACAAGACUCCAGCGAGUCCCAGUACGAUACCAAACGCUCAGAAUCCGAGCCAAACCAAAAAAAAGAAUCGCAUUGAUGUCAAAGACGUUUUCAAUAACGAUGACGAUGAUGAUAGCACGAGUAAUUCUAAAAAGCGAAAACUUGUACCUAUUGAUUAUGGGGAGGAAAAGAAGAAAAAAUCUGAAGAAUCCUCUAAGAAUUCUAAAGAGGAAAAUUCAAAAUCGCAAGAAGAAAAGAAAAAACACAUUAAAUCUCUCAUUGACAAAAUUCCGACGGAUAAAAAUGCGCUCUUUGGAUAUCAGUUGGAUUGGGCUAUUAUUGACAAUUCCUUAAUGGAAAAGAGAAUACGUCCUUGGAUAAAUAAAAAGAUUAUUGAAUAUAUUGGUGAACCAGAGCCAACGCUUGUAGAUUUUAUUUGUAGUAAAGUAAUGGCUGGAAGUUCGCCUCAAGGCAUCCUCGACGAUGUACAAAUGGUUCUUGAUGAGGAAGCCGAAGUAUUUGUUGUGAAAAUGUGGAGGUUACUCAUUUAUGAAGUUGAAGCAAAGAAAAUGGGUUUAGUGAAGUGAGCAAUUGAACUUUCUAUAAAGGACUCAAAUAAAUUAAGGUUGAAAUCAUGACUAAUUUCAAAGACAAUCUCUUUGAAGGUUUCUUCUCUUUCUUUGAGUCAUACACUUAGGUAUUUUGUUUAAGUUUAAAACAUACGAUACUUUAUAGUAAAUCCGAAAUUGUAAUGAUAAAAGACGUGUGAAAGACAUUUACAAGCUAGAGCUAACAAGCAUGUGAAUGAUGCAAAGAACAAUUUUUAAAAUUGUUACCUUAUACAAAGUAAAAUUCUUGUUGAUUUGUAAUUUGUACCAAAAAUACAAGAUACUUGGAAUGAAAUUUUUGGUAACUACCAAUUAGAAAAUAAAACGCGCCUACAAACAUUAUGGUUUUGUUAUGGCAAAUGAAUCAAUGACGAAUUAUUCCCUCGGUUUUAUCCUUUUAUUUUCAAUUAAAUCACGUUUGUUCAUCAUGUUUAGUUUUCUCCUCCCUCAAUGUGUACAUUUAAUAAUGUGUAUUAUUAUUGUACAAUAAGUAAAUCUACUUUUAUGCACCCUAGUUUUUGAUAUUGAGAAAUGACUAAUCAACAUUGUAAUUGACCCAUGGUGGCUUCAACUCGAAUUAAUUGAGGAAUUGUUUACUCGUACGUAUGAAAUAAUUCAAUCGAUUUUUUAUUGAAAAGUGAGUAUAAUAGCUUUAUGGCUAAUCUCUUCAUUUUUAAUAAAAAUUUCAUUAAAUGUACAUUAAAUUAUAUAUGUUAAUAUCAAAUCGCUAUAAAAAUA